AUGUCUAAGCGAAUAAACGCAUUUAUCGCAUUUCGAUCAUAUUAUUCCAGACAAGUUAACGACUACAACAAACAAAUCAGCAUAUCGAGACUAUUAUCUGUCGCAUGGAAAAAUGAAAACAAGGAAUUAUGGCGAUCAUAUGCACUUCUCUAUAAUAGCUCCAAUUCUAAUAUUCCGUUUGUCGAUUGGCUACAGACCAAAGGUCCAAAAAAUUCAAAGCGUACAUCAACAGUUACGAAGUCUUUCAUAUCCUGGAAUGAGCUACUCAGCACUAGAAAUAAAAUCGAAGACGUUUUUCUAGAUCUUCAAUAG